AUGACGGUUGCCUUUGCGCUCGUUCUGCUCUGCGUUGUGAGCCUCGCGACGGGCUCCACUGCGCGCCCCAUCAACAACAACCAGCACAACAACAACAACAACGACAACAUGGCCAUCAGCACAAACACUGGCAGUGAUAGGGGCGUCGCUGCUGCUGCUGGUGCUGCUGCGGGUGCUGCAUUGCGCAGAUCUCUACAGGCAGCGAACGAAGCCCCCGCCGCAAUGCUGCUGCUGCUGCCUGCCAAUGCCAAUGUCAACGACAACCAGAACAACCAGAACAACCAGAACAAGAACCUGAACACGAAUGACAGUGGCGACGAGCAAGCGAGCGCAGUCCGUCGUCGUGCGGCCGAACAGCUCGCUGCUGGUGACGUGUCAGCGAACCUCCGACAGGACGAAGAAGCCCAGGCGCAAGGACUGACGGUGGGUCGCCGCGCCGAUGCCGGCGUGGACAACGACCCCAAUGGCAAUGAGCCCGAGCCCGAGACCGACACCCAGAGCGCGGGUG